CGCGUGUGUUUUUGUUUUGAUUGUAGUGUCAACACGAACGUCAAAUUGUUUUUACCCAAAAUACCCGGUUUUUACUAUUCUUCACACUUAAAAUGAUUAAAAUACGGACCAUGACCCGUUUGAGUGCACAAAAUCUGCGGCAAAAGUUAUUAGAGAAUCCCCUUAAAAACGAUUCUAGACAACAAAAAUUACUAAUUAAUUUAAAUGGUGCGGAUGCUUUUGUUCUGUACGAAAAAUAUGGGAAUGUUUAUCAUUUGGUGCACACGUCUGUUCCCAAAGAGAUUCGAGGUCAUGGUUUAGGGCAUAUUUUAGCACAGAGAGUUUUUGACUACAUAGCAGAAAAUAACCUAAAAAUGAAAAUCGUAUGCGAAUUUCUCGCCGAAGCCGUGCAAAACAACCUGUCAAAGUACUCAAAACACAUUGUACAAUAAAAAAAUAAAUCCCAAAAAAGUCCGUGUUAUUUUAUUUCCGCGACAAACAAUCAUGGACAAAAUCGAGGAAACGGAUUAUAAAGCGAAAAUAUUUUAUUAUUUUCGCGAAAAAUACUUCAACCAAAUGUUGAACACGUGCAAAGAAGCCAUCGGGAAGUAUAAAAGCGAUGUUUCCUUGCAUUUGUACCAUGCUUUGGCUUUAGUUUCCAUUAACCGUUUGGAGGAAGGAAUUCACGAGCUUGAAGGUAUCACCUUUGAAAAUGAGGUUAAAUUGGCCUCAACUAUAGCACUUAUUUAUGGGAAUAAGCUAAUAGGGGGCUCAAAGGAGUUAUUUAUAAAGUUGGACAACCAAAUGCGCGAAUAUAGAAAAACUUCCGACUCAAUCGGUUUCUAUCACUCAGCCUUCGUCUUGAUUACUUACAAUAAGUUGGAGAAAGCUUUGGACUACAUAGAAAAGUCCAUAAAUUUGGACAGCAAUCACUAUGAAGCCCAGGAUUUAAAAGGGUGGAUUUUACUGCAACUUCGCCAAUCAGGCCAAAAAACAACCCUGAACGCGAAAAAUAUUUUCCAAAAAUCCCUAGAAGGUAACCCCAGAAGCCUAAACGCCAUACUAGGCUUAACUGAGUGCUACAUAUACCAGAACGACUUUAAAGAAGCCCUAAACAUUAUUAACAGAGCCGUAGUGAGAUACACCACAACUAAUCUGCCAUUAAUACAAAAAAUGCGUAUACUGUUCGCCCAACAAGACUGGGAUCAAACCAUUGAAACAAUGAUAAGAGUUCAAAACACAUCAACCCACACUUUAGAAGCUUUAAAACUUAACAUAACCAUACUUCUAUGUCGCGAUGCUAACUACCCGGAAGCUAUAGAUUGCAUAAAGAAUUACUUCGAAGAACUGGACAAAAUAGAGCCCAAUAACACCCUAAUUAUACUGGAAACGUCACAGCUAUUUUCCCGUAUAUGUGGUAGAAACACCGACAUCUUAAACUUGAUUAAAAAAAUGCUCGACACGCUCGCCCAAACCAACUCCGAUAACCCAGAGUUUAUAAUAGAGCUGGGCUAUCAAAGCCUACUAAGAGUAAGUCGCAAGGAAGCCUUGAGGUAUUUCAAAAUGGCCACCAAGUUGGAUGAAACAUCUCUUAAGGCUUUAUUAGGUUUAACUGUAUGUGAGUAUAAUGAAAACGGGAAAACCGAUCAAUUAAAGAAACAAAUAGAGUUUCUACAGGAGUUCAAAGAUUCCCAAAGCUCAUCUCUACUGUAUUUUAUGCAAGCCAAGUCUUCUGAUACCUCAGAUGAAGCUUUGAGUUACCUCAAGAGAUGCUGGGAUGUCCAUUUCGGACCCAUACGAAGUUAUCCUUACUCAGAUCAUUAUUUAUUGCUGUUGAACCCAGAUUUCACCCUUGACAUUGCCAAAGAGUUUUUACAGCACCUUUCUUGCACGGAGGAUAAAGCAAUGAAGUCGGCUUUGGAAAUACUCAACAUGUUGGUGAGCGCUUGUUCGGGAUUAUUGGAGCCCUUGUAUCUCCUGGCAAAGCUUCAAUAUUUGAGUGGGGAUUGCACGCAAGCUUUAAGCACGUUGGAAAAAAUAUUAUCCAAAGUUGAUUCAUAUGUUGAGGCUCAUUUAUUGAUGGCCCAAAUACAAAUACAGCAAGGGUUUCAUGACAGGGCAUCGCAGAGUUUGGAAGCUUGCGUCAGCAAUGAUUUCAGGGUUAGAGAGUUUCCGUUGUAUCACUACAUUUCGGGUGUUGUGGAUAAAAAAUCCGGUAGUUAUAGUGAUGCCGUGAAAUCCCUUACAACAUCUCUAACAUUGAUUGGAGAUCACGGUAAUAAGUUGACGUUAGCAGAAAAGGCAUCCAUUUAUGUGGAGUUAAUAGAUUGUUUGAAUGUUUUGGAGCAAACGCAGGAUGCUUCCAAAGUGCUGGAAGAAGCCACAAAGGAACUCAAAGGUACUGCAGAGGAAUCCAGAAUUCUUCUGCUGAGCGUAGAUAACUUCCUCUCACGAAAGAACGUACAGGGUGCUCUGGAGAUACUACAAAAAAUCAAACCGAACGAAUCCUGUUACCUCCAAGCCCAAAAAAAGCACGCCGACAUUCUCUUGAAGUACAGGAACGAUAAGUUUGCUUACUUGGAGAUUUAUAAAGGUCUGAUAGGUGAAAAUCCUGGCGCUGAGGAAUACGUGGCUCUAGGAGAUGCGUAUUUGGUCAUUUUGGAGCCUGAUGAUGCGCUGGAAUGUUACCAAAAAGCCUUGCAAAUGAACCCUAUGGAUUCACAUUUGAUUCUUAAAUUCGGACGUGCUCUCAUACAGACCCACUACUUCACUAAGGCGGUUAAGUACUACGAAAAUCAAAUCAAGUCUAGCACAGAUACAGCCUUAAAGUUAGACUUGGCGGACCUACUAAUGAACCUCAAAGAAUACACAAAAGCAGAGCUGAUACUUUUGGAUGAAGUUGAAAGGGAAAACGAUAAGGACGACUUAAACUCAAUACAAAACCGGAUACAGAUUUUUAACCUAUUGGGGCACAUUCGGGAGAAAUCUGGGAACGUUAAGGAGGCUAUUAAGACUUUGAAAAGUUCCAUGGAUAAUCAGAUCAGGUUGAGGAAGAGGCUAGCAGUCGAUCAAAGUGGUUAUUCUGAUGUUAAUGUUAUCGUUGAGACAGCUUUAAAGCUGGCUGAUUUGUCUAUUUCUAUUAAAAAUAAUGAUGAUGCUGUCAAUUUUUAUAAAGAAGGUUUGGAUGUGUCUCCAAAUAACAUUGGAAUUUUGGUUAAUUUGGCCAAAUUGUAUAUGCAAAUGAAUUUCUUAGAGCUUUGCCAACAAACGUGCUCCAACAUAUUAAGAUUAGAUUCAGAAAACGAGGCGGCAUCAGUGAUGAUGGCAGACAUUGCUUUUCACAAAGUUGACUUUGAUAUGGCUCUAUUUCAUUUCACCCAACUGAUAACCAAGCAACCGACAAAUUGGAAUGCUUUGGUGAGACUCAUUGAAAUCCUUAGAAGAACAGGAAAUUUAGACGACUUACCGGAAUAUCUAUCAAACGCUGAAUCCCUUUGCGAGAAUCCUGGUAAGGAUGCAGGAUUUCUAUUUUGCACUGCUUUGUAUCAGUGGUAUUCCGGAAAUCUCAACGGGGCCUUAAAGAAUUUUAAUGCAACCAGACAGGAUAGCGUUUUUGGUUUGCAGGCUAUUUAUAACAUGAUCGAGAUUUGCUUGAACCCUGAUGACGAGAUGUUAGCUGAUCAGUUCAUGGAUACUGAGGAUAUAGAGUACAGGGAUUCUAGGUCUAUGGCAUUAAAAACAGCUGACAGACUAUUGAAAGAGCUUAAAUCUCGCCUAGAAAUUAACAGCGAAGAUCUACUAAGACACAGACUUUUAACGAACUUUAAAUUGUUAGCAACGAAAGACAAAUACAGUAUUGAACGGGCACUGGAAGACUUAGUAGCUAUAGCAUCUCAAAACACUUAUAAGGACGACAUAGGGACUAUUUUGGGGAUUUCCACAGCUUACACUCUACUAAAGCAAAGUCAAAGGGCCAAAAAUCAACUAAAACGGAUUGUAAAGUCGACUUGGACUUUCGAAGAUGCAGAAUAUUUGGAAAGAUGCUGGUUAAUUUUGGCCGAUUUCUACAUACAGUCUGCCAAGUUUGACGUAGCUUCUGACCUCAUACAGAAAGUUAUUUUGCAUAAUAAAUCCUGCACCAAAGCUUACGAGUAUUCAGGGUUUGUUUCUGAAAAGGAACAGAGAUAUAAGGACGGGGUUACCAACUACGAAAACGCUUGGAAAUAUGGCAACAAGUCCAAUCCUAGUGUGGGGUUUAAACUCGCCUUUGUGCUCAUGAAAUGCAAAAAAUUCCCUGCUGCCAUUGACGUUGCACAGGAGGUUUUAAAAUUGAGUCCUGAGUAUCCCAGAGUUAAAAAGGAUAUUCUCGAUAAAUGCAUGAAUAAUUUGAGGAUUUAAUUUAAUGUGAUUUGAAACGAAUCCGUCCAAUAGAGAUUACUUUACUACUCAACACAUAUACAAUAGACUGGGCCAAAAAAAUUGACUAGUUUUUUUUUGAAAAAUAUAUCGAGAAUGUCAUUUACGAAAAUUUUCAAUCCGAC